AUGUCCGGCAGCGCACAACCACAAAUAACACCCUCCGAAAAAGCAGCAGUAAGCCCAAAGCCGUCAGGCACCCCGCCACACCCGCCGCCACCGCCAUGGUCGCCGCCGCCAGCCCGUCUGACAACCGCGCCGCCGCCGAGGUUGAGGCGCGACGACCACAGCGACAAUGUUGGUUAUGAUGAUGGCAGUGGCACAAACAACACCGUGGCAGACGCCGCCGUUGCCAAUAAUGUCAGCGCUGCUGGUUCUGCUUCCGCCGCUACCAACGCUGUCCGCACCACCACCACUACUACUACCACUCGAGCGGCCAUCUCCCCACCCGAAGCCUACCGCCGCGACCAAGACACCGAUACCCGCGCCCGUCGCCUGACGCCGAGCGGCGGAAUCAGCGUAAUAGCAGCAGCAGCAGUAGCAAGCCCCGUCGACCUGCCCGAUCUCGCGCCCGCGCCCGCGCCCGCUGCAUCGCCGCCUGGAACCGUCGUCGCAGCCCUGCAGGCGACGGCGCCGUCUGUUGGUGAUCAUGCGUUUGGCGCAUGGCGAGCCGACGCUACCGCAACCGCGACAGCGGAUGAAGAUGGUUUUGCUUCCGCUGCCACGUCUCCCGCCGCCGUGGAAUCGGAGUCAGAUCUGCCGCCGCGCUUACAGACGCCCGGGUCGUCGCGGACUGUGUCUUUGUCAACCCUGUCGUCGUCGUCGAUGUCGCCGUUGGGAUUACCGAUCACCACCACCACGGGCACGGUAGCGACGUCCGCAUCAUACCAAUAUGGAGGACCCGCGACAGUAGCAAGCGAGAGCUAUCACUCCCCUCACCCCAGCCACAACCGGUCUCGACGCAUGGCAAGCGUGGGAGGUCAGCGCGAGCUGAUGCGGUUGAGGACGGCGGGAUCGACGACACCGGCGCGGAAGCUGGCGCCUGCUUCCACUAAUGCUUCUGUUGCUUCUUCUACCUGGGUGACCAAUCACGAGUACCGGCCCGCUAGUACUCUUACCACUAACGAGCUUAGCUGGGGAAACAAGAGCGCCGAACCAACGGCGCAGAGACACGGGCCCGGAUGGAUAGGUCCCGCGAGGGGAGUCCCGGCCACGCCGCUACAGGUCCGGCUGAUGCCGCGGAGGCUGCUGCUUGAAGAAGGGUACCGGGAGGAGAAGGAGGAGAAGGAGGAGGAGGAGGAGGAGGAAGAAGACGGCGACGACCAGGAUGGCCGUGCCGGCAGCAGCCCGACGACGCCAACGCCAAUAUUGACGGCACCGCUAUUGGGACGACGAAGACGGACGAACAGCACGGCGGCCGACGAGAUGACCAAGCGGGUAGCGUCGUCACCGCAGCCGCUGCCUCCGCCAUCGCUACCACCACCCCCCUCCCGUAAGCGCCGUCGCGCAAGGCCGAGCGACGACGACGACGACUCCUCCGACGAAGAAGCAGACGACCACCACCACCACCACCAGCAACUGCACAGCCCCCUCCUCCUCCUCCGCGGCCACAUCCCUCCGCCCUCCAAGCGCGUGAAACUGCACCCGCCGCCGAGCGCCACCGCGUGCUCUCCACUCACACCUCCCUCCCCACAGAUGAUUACCAACACCGCGUCGCCGCCCCUCUUUUCCCCACCACAAGCCGUCGAUGGCGCCGGCCUCCUCGCGCAUGCAGCGGCGCUGAGCGGCAAGGAGCAACGACGAGACCGCCUCGCCGCGAAGCUUCCGCGCGUGGCCGAGCCCCCGUCGCGCCGCUCUCCGGUCGACUCUCCCGGGCCGCCGCCGCUGCGCCUCGGCUCGGCGUUGUCGUCGUCGUCGUCGUCGUCGUCGUCGUCGUUGUCAUUGUCGUCUGCGGCGGCUUCGGUUGCUGGAGCGCUGCUGCCGUCGGGGUUUCCGGUCGGGUACUUCUUCGGGGCGUUGGGUGAGGCGGUGGAGGGGUUGGCGCCGUUCAUGGGGGUGGGUAGGAGGGGGAGGAGACUGUUGUUGGGAGGGUCUUUGUGGAGACGGAGAAGGACGAGAGGGAGGGCGAUGGCGAGGAGGAGUGAGAUCGUUGAUGUCGAGGUGGUUGCUUCCUAG